AGUUGCAUUCAAUCCGUCGGUUAGAGAGCACGUUGCUCCGAAUUGUUAUUUCAAGUAAAUGUGAAAAAAAAAAUCAAAAAAAUACAUUAAAGCUCAUAAAAAAAAAUAUUUUUAAACAAAAUUAUCAGUUAAACUUUCAACUAAUAAUAUUAAACGUAAAUAACAUAAAAAAACUAAUAUUAAUUAUUGCAUUUAAUUAUUGUGCAAAUAAAAAUACUGAGUAAAUAAAAAAAAAUAAAAAAAAUUUACCAAAACACACAAAGCUUCCGGGAUCCGUCGGACAAAAAUUUUUAUUUAAAAAAAUUAAUUUAUUUUAACUAAAAUAAAUAGUUUUUGUAUUAAUUUUAAAUAAUAUAUUAAUUUAUAUUUAAGAAUAAAAUUUAAAUAGUUAUAUUUUGGAGCGUAAAAGUGAUAAUAAAAGCUCAUAUUUAAAAAACGUAAUUUUUAAAGCAUAAGAAGUGGCCGGCGCCCCAGAAUUAAAGGGAAUAUAACCGAAGCCGCCGGCGGAUUUGACGUUCUGGAAGCAUCCAGGAAGAAAUUAUCAAACUGAUAAUAAUAAUAAUUAUUUAUUAUUAUUAAUUAAAACAAUCAAUUAUUAUAAAAGUGUUAUUCAAAUUAUUAAUUAACAGUUUACUUAUUAUAUUAAAUUAAAAUUUGUAUUAUUGUUUUUUUUUUAAAUGUGAAUAUAUUUUUGGAUAUUGAAAAAUGAAAGUGAUUGAAUUUUCAAUAAUUAUUUCAAAAGCUUAAUAUAUAAUAUUUAUUUGAUUUUAUAAUUUUUUUUUUUUUUUGAUAAAUGUUUAUGAUUAUACUGAGAAAAAUGUAGACCACAGUGUAUUGUGAGAGUGGCAGGGUGUUACCUGUAAUUUUUUUUUUUCUUUUUUUUUAUCUGCAACAAAAGAAAAGUUAACAUUAUAUAUUUAUUUAAAUAAAUAAAUAUAUUUUAAUUAUUAUUUUUUUUUUUUUGUUUUUACAAUUAAUUUAUCUAUUUUUUGGAGUUAUUUAAAGUGAAUUUAUUGUUUAUUGUGAUUAUUGGAAUGAUACCUUAACAUUGUGUGACAUAACCAUCACAGUGGAGUUCUGUUUUAUUGCUGCCUCGGGAGGUGGUGGUCCAAUGUUGGUCCCUCCCGUGGCACAAAAUGGACCUGGUGGACGUCAGGUUGUUGGUGAUGUUGGUGGUAUGCGAACAACACAAGGACCUGGUGCAACAGCAACAUUGUGGCCAAUUGCACCAGCUCAUUCAAAUUUAUCAAGUAACCAUCAAUCCCAAGCAACACCACCCCUUGGUGCAGCACCAGCACCAGCUCACAAUCAAGGUCUCAACCGAUUUGAGCUGUACUCUUUGUUUCCUGGUGCUGGUGGUGGUAGCUACGUUGCUGCAAGUCCUGGUCCACCCGCUGCCACCCCACCAAGAACCUUUCACGCAACCACUCAUAAGGAAGAGCGAUCAGUUUCAGAAAGUAUGUUCUCAGCAGCAGUUGGAGUUGGAGUUGGUGGUUACACAUGGGGUGCACCAACACCACCACCAGGUUCACCAUACAGUCCAGUUCCAGUAACCCAACUUGAGCUGUUAGCUAAAAACCUGGCAAAUUUAACUCCUCAUCAUGCACAACAACCAAUGAGUCUUCAAGGUGUUGGUGUCAAUGUUGGCACAAGUCUUCAUCAUUCACAGCAUACAACACAACAUACACUUAAUCUUGCUGGUCUUCAUCAUCUACAUCACGGUGAGUCGACGAUGACAACGACAUCGGCGACCUCAUUCACAACCAAGUUUAUAGAUGAGCGUACUUUUACACUCGGUGGUAUACAUCAAGGAACAUUUUCACCACAAUUAUCAUUGGUAACUGGUACACCAACAUUAACAAUAAAUAGUUUUACAACACCAAAUUCACAAUGUAAUAUUGUGCAGCCAAAUGGUAGUGUAUUACUUCAUGAUUAUCAAUCAUCAAAUGGACAAAAUAAUUUAACAACAUGUACACCAUCAUCAGUUAGUUUAACAACAUUACCAACAACAGCAUGUAGUGUCAGUACAAUGAUGCUACAAGAUGGACAAAAUACAAAUACAUAUUUACAAUCAACAAUGAAAAAACGUGAAUCAUUUGUGACUGCACAAGCACAAAUUAAAGUUGAAAAUACAACGACAACUAGACAAUCAUGUGUCUGUAAAAGUUCCAAUCUUACUGGUAAAACAAAAAUUGUUCAUACUGAGGCUGGAUGUAGUAGAACAUUGCCUGUUGUUUCAUCCUGGAAUAAUCAGGAUUUAUCAACAACAAGUAUUAUUAAAAGAGAACCAUUGACAACAACAGUACCUUGUCAAGUUGCUGAAGUAUCAACUUCACUUCAUGCAACAACAACAGAAGUUAAAAUUGAACCAUUGACUCAAAAAACUGAAAAUGGUAUUGUGGUAUCGACGGCUGCUGGGACGAGUAUUCCAGUUGGCAUUGCUGUUGCAAGACAAAGAUUACAACAUCAGGAAACUUCAUCAACAUCAAUGCGAAAUGUUUCACUUAGUCAUCAUACAUCUCAUGCUAGUUAUCAUCAUUUUCAACCUGACAGUCUUGGACCAACCACGGCCAUGACAAUGGGCGGAGCAACACUUGUACAUUGUGGUAAUGGUGGGGAUGAUAGAACAUCCCAUAUUGCAAUUCCCACGGGUAAUGCAUUAACACCAACAAUAAAUGCAGCAUUGGGCUCGAGUCUAAACUCAGCUACUAUUGCUAACAUUGGUGCAACAACUCAACAUCAUUCUAAUAAUGGUAAUCCAACAACUUGGCCACCAACACUAUGGCAAUAUCCAACAGCAGCAAUGCCAGCCCUUGAGCCAGUCGGUUUUCCUCAGCUCAGCGUUGGUCUUCAAGGAGGUCUUCAACUUGUCCGGGAUCCAUCAACAGGCCACCUGCUUCUCAUUCAUGCUGCUGACGGUUUAAAUUCAGCUGACCAAAUGCAGCAUGCUGUUGUUUGGCCAAAUUAUUCAAAUCACAAUGGACAUAGUAUUGGUACACAACCACUUUUGUUACCACCACCACCUCCACCCUCACUUCAAUUAUUGAGUGAUAUGAAUGGUGCAAGGCUUGUACUUACAGAUAAUAAAAGAAAAACUCAAAAUAAUAAUGUACCAAUUGUUAAAAUUGAAGCUGAUUGUCCAAGUCCACAGACAACAAUCAUUGAAUCAAGUAAAGCAUUGCAAACAGUCACAACAAUGUCAAGUCCAUUGAUACAGGAUAAUCCACUUUUAACAACACUUUAUUAUCCUCAUGCACCAACGGCAAUGGUACAAAUCAAUCAAUCAGAAUCAACACAAUGUCAUACUCAGCAUCGUAAUGCAUUCAUAUCAAAAGCAACAUCACCAGUAUCAUGCUUAACACCACCACCAGAAGUACCAUCAAAUCAGUGUCAUAAUAUUGCUGAUAAUAUAUCAAUAAAUGUACAGGAUGCAUCAAAUCAAACAGAUGCACAAGAAGCUGAUGAUGAACAACAAAAUAAUGAUAAUAAUUUUAAACAAGAACAACCAAUAUUAUCAUGUUAUCAACAAUCAAAUAAUGCUACUGUUAAUAGUGUAUCAUCAAGUGGAAAACCACAAGUAUCAUUACAACCAUAUAAUCUUGUUGCAAAAAUUGAUAAAUCAGAAAAUACACCAAUAAGUAUACCAAUUGUAAAAAAUAUAAAUUCAACAGCAACGAGUUUAUUGAAAAAUGACACUGUUAAUACAGUUGAUCAAACUAUUGAAAGUGUUAUUAGUUGUCGUGCUAAAACAGACAUUGAUAAUAAUGAUAUUGUUGUUGAUAAUAAUGAUGAUAAUGAUGAUGAUAAUGUAUCAUUAAAUGUUGAUGAAAAUUCAGAAGACAGAGUAUCACGUAUUGGCUCGAGAAUGAUUGAAAUAACUGAAGAAAAUUGUGAUAGUUUUCAUGAAAAUUUAGAAUUUUUUGGUAGACGUCGUGAUCCAAUUGAACAACAUCGUCGUCCAAUAUUUACUGAAGAAUUAUUGAAUAAAGAAAAAAUGUUAGAAGAGAAAAGAAGAGAAGAAGAAAUGUUGAAUGAAAAAUUUGAGUUAAAUGAUAAUCAAGAUAGUUGUAUUGAAAAUGAGAAAAUAGAUGUGACUGAAGAUUCAUCAACAGCUGUUACUUCAAGUCUUGAAUGCCAAAAUUUAGAUAAUAUAAAAACUGUAUUAUCACAAAAUAAAAAUGAAAUUAAUCAUCAAAUAAAUUUAGAUACAACAAUUACAAUGUUAAAUACAAAUGAAGAAAAUUCACAAUUAUCAGUUAAAUCAUUUGAUAUGCCAACUAUUGAUUUUGAUGAUGAUAUACAAACAAAGAAAAAUAUAAAAAAUUCAAAACAAGAAAAUAUAGAAAUUAAUAAUACAAAUAAUGAAUUAAAAAAUGAUCAAAGUCAUAACAUUGAUAAUAAACAAAAUAAUAAUGACAACAAAAAAAUUAUUAUAAAUGAUAAAUUACAUCCUGGAAUUGAAAAUGUUGUUGAAAAAUUAAAAAAAAAUGCUGCUGCUGCAAAACAUGAUAAUGAAUCAUCAGUAAUUAAUAAUGAUAAUGAUAAAAUAGCAAAAAAUAACACAGAAAUACCACGUGCUAUUGCUCAUUGUCAACCAAGAAUAAUGGAAAAUGGUUUGAAAAAACGAAUAUUAAGAUCAUGUGAAUUGGAAUAUAAUUUAGAAAAAUUAAAAAAUAAUCAAUUAUCAUUAACAACAGAUACUAUUAAGACAUCAGAAAAUAGCAAUGAUAAUAAUCAUAAUUUAAAAUUAACUGUUGACGUUGUUAAUGAUGAUAAUAAUGAUAAAAAUGAUGAAAAAAUAUCAUCAUCAUCAUUGAAAAUAAUUGAAGAUUCAUCAAUGAUAAUUUCACCAAAAAAAUAUAAUCCAGAUAUAGUUAAUUCAUCACCACCAAAUUCAACAUUAACAUCAAAAGCAUUAGAAAAAUCUAAAAAUGUUAUAAACUCAACAACAACACCAACUAAAAAUCGUGUUGAUUUAAGUGGAUUAGAAUUAUUAUCAAAUAGUAUUGCUGAAUUGGAACAUAUCAAAUCAUCUGAUCCAAAUUCAUCAGAAUAUGAAUCAUUAAACUCACCAAUUAAAGAAACAAAUGAAAUUAAACAAAAUGAAAAUAAUAAUAAUAAUGAAGUUGAUAGUCCAUUGGGUUUACUAUGUGCACUUGCUGAACAAAGAUUUAUGGAAGAAGUUGGUGAUAAUGAUGUACCACAAGACAGCACAGAGGAUGUAUCACAUGCAGGAAGAUUAUUACUUAAUUUAGGUAAAACACAUGAUAAAUCAUUAAAAAGAAAAUAUUCAACAGAUGAUAUUGUAUUUAAAUAUAAUAAAAAAUUACGUAAAAAUGAUAAAAAAAUAUGUGAAUUUGAAGAUGGUGAUGCUGAUGAUGAUUUUACUGAUUCAGAUACAGAAUUAACAAUGAAAAAUAAUAAAAAUAAAUUAUUUAAUGAUAUUAUAAAACGUCAAAAUGAUGAAAAUAUUUUAAUAAAUAAUGAAAAUAAAAAAAAUUGGCCACAUAUUAAUACAGUUGAAAGAAACGUUAGAAAUAGACUUUCUGAUAUGCAAAAAAUGUACAAAGAUAAACAAAAUGAAUUACUUAAUAAUAUAAAUAAUAACAAUAACAAUAAUAAUAAUAAUAAUGAUGAAAAAUUAAGAAAAUUAAGUACAGAUUAUGAAGAUACUGAUAAAUUGUUAAAUUUAAAUUAUGAUAAUAAUAUAAAUGUAAUUAAUACAAAUAUUACAACACCAAUUAUUGAUAAUACAAAUUGCAAUUUGAAUUUAACAAAAUUAAAUGAACCACAAAGUCAUAUUAAAUUAUUAGACAAUAUACCAAGUAUUCCAAUUCCAGUCACAUCAUUUACAAAGAAAAUUAAUAGUUCACAUGAUGAGAAUGAUGGUGAUAAUGAUGACGACGACGACGAUGAAGAUGAUGAUGAUGAAGAAGAAGAUGAAGACGAGGAUGAUGAAGAUGAUGAAGAUGAUGAUGAAGAUGAUGAAGCAACAAUUUUAAAUGAUAAUACAUCAUCACCAUCAUCAACAUUGUCAUCACCAAAAAAACGUAAAGUUGGUAGACCACGUAAAUGUAUACAAGACAGCAAAUCAGCAAAUAUUGAUAAUACAACAAAAAAUGAACUGUUAAAUACAAAAAAUAAAUUAAAUUAUAAAAAAUUAACAUUUAAUAAUAAUACAGGUAUAAAAAAUCAAAAAAGAAUUAAAAAAUCACAUAAAUUAAAGAAAUUAAAUAUCAACAAUACAGCAACAACAAUAAAACAAAAACCAUUACAUAAUAAAAAUGUUAUAAGUGCAAUAAUUGCUGAAAAAGAAAAGCUUAAUAAUGAUGAUAAACAAAAUAAUAAUAAUAAAUUAAAACCAAAAUUAAAAGCUGAAGUUAAACUAAAAAAUUGGAACAAUGAAUAUGAAAAUGAAGAAUGGAAUAAUACAAUAAUUGAUAAAACAAAUAAUAAUAAUGACGAUGAUAAUGAUGAUGAUAAUAAUAAAAAAACAAUUGAUGAUAUUAAAAAAAUAAAUAAUAAUAAAAUAAUAAAAAAGAAAAAACAUAAAUCAACAAGUUCAUCACCAUCACGCAGAAAAUUAUAUGACAAUGAUAACAAUAAAAAAUUAUUAAAGAGAAGAAGAUCAAUUGAUUGUAAAGAUUGUAAAGAGUGUAUGAAAAUAGCAAAAUACGAAAAAACAAAAUUAAAUAAUAAUAUUAAUAACAAUAACAAUAAUAUUAUUAAUAAUAAUAACAAUAACAAGUGUAAAUUAACAUCUGAGCAUUUGGAAAUUGAUAAAAUGAGAGUUUUAACAGCAAUAGGUGGUUUAUUUUAUGCUGGUAUAUUAAGUGCAGUACAAUCACCAGAUAUAUAUUCAAUAACAUUAGAUGGUGAACGUGGUAAUCGACCACACAUACAUUCACGUGAAGAAAUUUUAAAAGAUGCUAUUGUUGAAAUAUGUCCAAAAUCAACAGAUGAAUUACCACCUGGUACAAGAUUAUGUGCAUAUUGGAGUCAACAAUAUAGAUGUUUAUAUCCAGGUACAUCUGUUGAGCCAUCUGAUCCAGAUUCUGAAUUAGAUGAUAAAUUUGUAAGUGUUGAAUUUGAUGAUGGUGACAGUGGUAGAAUAUCACUUGAUGAUAUUAGAUUAUUACAACCAGAUUAUCCAGUUGUUGAGUAUGAUCCAAAUCCAUUAUUAACAUUGGGAAAACGUAAACGACAAGUAUCAUCAUCAACUGAUGAUAAACGUCCAUCUGAUUUAUCAAUACAAUCAAUAAAUUAUCAAAAUAAAAAUUCAAAUGAAUUAAAUAAUGUUAUAAAUACAAAAAUUAUUAAUAAUAAAAAUGAUGAUAAAUUAUUAGAUGAUUAUAAAGAACGUAAAAGAUUAAAAAAACGUAGACGUGAUAAAUUAAAACGUUUACAAGAAUCACAAGAUGGUAAAAAGAAACAUAAAAAACAUAAAUGUUGUGAUGAGCAUAGAAAACAUAAACAUAGAAAACAUAGAAAACAUAAACAUCGUCAUAAUCAUCAUGGUAGUUUUAGUGAUGGUAGUCAUAAUAGUGGUGUUGAAAGUUGUAAAGGACAAAAUAGUGAUGAAGAAAAUAUUAUAAAAACAACAACAAAAAUCAUUGAUAAUAAAAAAAAUAUAAAUUUACAAUUAUGUAAAGUUAAUGAUAAGAUUGAUGAUAAUGUUAUUAAUGAGAUUGAUAAUAUUGAUAAUAAUAAUAAAAAAAUUGAUAAAAAAAAUAAAACAAGAGAAAGACAAGAAUCAUCUGAAAGUAGAAGUAAAAUUGCUGCAUUUUUACCAGCUAGACAAUUAUGGGGUUGGUCUGGUAAAGGUUAUAGACGUCCUGGUGCUAAAGGAAGAGCUAAAAAACAAUUUUUCAAAGCAAUACAAAGAGGUGGUGAGGCUAUUAAAAUUGGUGAUAGUGCUGUAUUUUUGUCGACUGGUCGACCAGAUAGGCCUUACAUUGGAAGAAUUGAAUCAAUGUGGGAAACAUCAAGUUCAAAUAUGAUUGUUAAAGUUAAAUGGUUUUAUCAUCCUGAAGAAACUGUUGGUUGUCCAAGUAAUUUAAAAUAUCCUGGAGCAUUAUUUGAGUCACCUCAUAUGGAUGAAAAUGAUGUACAAACAAUAUCACAUAAAUGUGAAGUACUUCCAUUAUCUGAUUAUACUGAAAAACUUGGAAAAGAACCACACAGAUAUCUAACAAUUUAUGAUAAUAAUGAUAUUUAUUAUCUUGCUGGUUAUUAUGAUCCAACGACAUAUCUUCUUACUAUGCAACCUGGUGUUGUUUGAGAAAAACUUAAGCUGACGAUUAAGCUACCAAGAGUCACUUAAUUCGUCGUCAGCUAUCGUGGUAAUAAAAAUAAAUAUAUUUAUAAUAAUUAUGAAGAAAAAAAAUAUAUAAUAAUAAAUAAAAGAACAUAUUCAUUGAUUAAAAAAAAAAAAAUUUAAUAUAAAAUACUGAAAUAAACUGAGAUUAUUUUUAUCAGCUACUUGAUAAAAAAGCAUUUUUUUUUAAUAAAAAAAAAAAAAGGAUAAUAAGGGCUUGUAAAUAUUAUGUAUAUAAAAUUUAUCUUCAUUAGUUUUAGUUCUUUUUUUCUUCGCUAAUUUUAAGGACUUAGUGAUAGUAUGUCGCUCGAUGCUGAAGAUAAUAAACUCAAGUCCUCGAUGGACUUUAAGAAA